CAAGUUGGAUGUGAGGCUUGUGUUGUGAGCGCUUCCACUAGUGAUUCAAAAUUGUUGAUAUACUGGUACAAACCUCGUUUAAGCGGACUCCUGAAAUACUAGCCACUGCUAACAAACACCGUGGCAUGGGAAACGGAAUAAAUAAGGUUCUGUCAGACCUGUACUUGGGUAACUUCAAAGAUGCCAGAGACAGGGAGCAAUUAGCGAGAAACAACAUCACGCACAUCCUCUCCAUCCAUGACACCGCCGCUCCCAUUUUACAGGAGAUGACUUAUCUUUGCAUCCCAGCAGCAGAUUCGCCCACGCAAAACCUCAUUCAGCAUUUUAAGAAGAGCAUUAUGUUCAUGCACGAGUCCCGACUGAAAGGGGAGGGCUGUCUAGUUCACUGUCUUGCUGGCGUGUCGCGCAGCGUGACGCUGGUGGUGGCGUACGUCAUGACCGUCACUACUCUGGGCUGGCAGGACGCUCUGGCCGCGGUGAAGCUGGCGAGACCCUGUGCUUCACCUAAUGAGGGCUUCCAGACGCAGCUGAAGGAGUUCGAGAGCACUCAACUACAGCAGUUCCGAGAGUGGCUGAAGGAGGAGUACAAGGAAAGCCCCCUGAACGACGAGGAGGAGAUCCGCACUCUCCUGGCCCAGAGUCCCGAGGAGGACCCGCUCCAGGACGCCUGACCUCACUCCUCCACACUCAUCUCACUGCCACAGCUCAUGGUGGUUAUUAUGGCACAGCACUGUUUUACUUAAGGACUCUUUGUGUAAAUAUGCAAGGUUUUAAUGAUUACUACUGAUGUUAAAGGCACAUAAUUGUUCACAGAUAUAUUAUAAAUGUUGAUUUAUA